AUGUCGGAGCUAGACGAUCUUAAUAAAGACUCUAGUGACCAUGUUCAAUCAAACAAAUGGCAAUUAUAUAAGGGCAUAACAAUGUCAAUGUUGGCCGCUCUUUGCUUCUCACUCUCGGCAGUAAUAGUUAAGUAUUUAAAGAACAUAUCAGUGGAACAAUUAUCGUUGUAUCGUUCUAUUGGCUUAUUUAUUUUUAACCUGCCCUUGGUCGUAAAACAUGGUGAAAAUGUAUUUGAUUACCAAGAGUUAUGGUUCCCACUAUUAUUGAGAUGCAUUUUCGGCUGUACUUCACUGUUGUUAGAGUUUUAUGCCUUUCAAUGCCUAUCGCUCGCCGACGCCUAUACUAUACUACAAUCCAUACCAGUAUUUGCAUCGGUGUUGGCCUUUGUAUUUCUCAAAGAGCCGUGCGGUCUGUUUCAGAUAUUGAUGAUCUUAAUGACAAUGUUUGGUCUCUCCCUCACCACUAAAUUAGUGUAUAUGUUGUCUAUGGAAACGGAGUCUCUAUUUGUUGAUAACUCGACGGCCAUUAUUGAGGCCAUGAAUGUUGAGUUCGGCCACCGGACGGAUCACUAUUACUACGGUGUGUCGGCCGCUCUGUCCUCAGCCCUCUGCAUAUCAUUGGCAGAAAUGGCGGGACCGGUGGCUGUGGUGAGAGUGGCCACAGAUAUUAUACUGUCGUUUGUUUGGCAGAUAUUUAUAUUUAACAACAAUCCCGACGUCUGGACAAUCAGUGGCGCUAUUGUUGUAGCCUUUGCUAUAUUCCUUACGAGUUGUCACAAAUGGAUUCACAGUAAAAAUAAUAAAAAAUAA